AUGAAAAAAAUCAUACACUUGUUGGGACAGAGCAGCCCAGCUUCCAAUGCAAACCCAAAUAACCCCAAUUUGGGCAAGUGGAGCUACGCGCAGAAAAAGGGGAGGAACUCGGUGUUUGGAAUCAAUGCUGCCAAUAACUCUGCUGGCUUUACCAAGCAGCGUAGCACAAAGAACCAUCGGCCACAAUCAAACCCUUUCGCUGCUUUGGCAGACUUUCCACAAGAUCCACCGGAACCCUCCGUGCGUCGAACCGGCGACCAAUAUCAGGUGCAUCCUCGUCAAAGAAGGGCCAAUCCAAUAACAAAGCUAAGGAGCGAAGCCUAA